UCCACCGCCAAAACUCUCCUCUUUGCCGUACCUUUCUUUCCUCUUCUCACGGGAGUCGCACCAAAUCCCUCUCUCAUAUAGUCCACCGCCGCUUUGCCUUGCUGCAGCUGCCGAUGCAACCCCGCCUCUCACGCGCGCCGCCGCCCCGUUAUUCCUCGCCGCAUCCUGCUGUCUCCACCCCCCCGUCCGCAGUCUCUGGCCAUUGGAGUUUUGAGGAAUGGCAGGGCAAAGCUCUGACCCCCAGCCCGCCGAAUUGUUCGAGUACAUGCUGCUUGAGAAGGACCCUGAUCACUACCGGACAGUCUUCUCUGGCCCGAGCCAGAUAAGCCCGUGGAUCGACCCAAGCGUGCUGAGUCUGAAGCACCGGAUAGGGAGAGGCCCCUUUGGGGAUGUCUGGAUAGCGACACACCAUCAGAGAACAGAGGAUUAUGAUCGUUACCAUGAGGUCGCCGUGAAGAUGCUGCAUCCGGUUAAGGAUGACCAGCUGCAGGUGUUCUCGGCGAGGUUCGAUGAGAUCUUUGGUAAAUGCCAGGGUCUAGGCAGUGUCUGCUUCCUUCAUGGCAUCUCCACACAGAAUGGAAGGAUUUGUAUAGCGAUGAAGUUCUAUGAAGGAUCCAUCGGAGACAAGAUGGCUCGGCAUAAAGGUGGAAGACUCCCUUUGUCAGAUGUUUUAAGAUAUGGUGCUGAUUUGGCACGUGGUGUGCUAGAUCUACACUCGAGGGGGAUAUUGAUUCUAAAUCUUAAGCCUUGUAAUUUUCUCCUUGAUGACCAUGACCAUGCUGUUCUAGGGGAUUUUGGUAUUCCAUCCUUGCUCUUUGGGCUUUCACUGCCAAAUCCAGACCUUAUCCAAAGACUUGGAACUGCAAAUUACAUGGCCCCAGAACAAUGGCAACCAGGCAUCAGAGGUCCAAUUAGUUAUGAGACAGACUCAUGGGGUUUUGCGUGCAGCAUUCUUGAGAUGUUCAGCGGCAUUCAGCCAUGGCGUGGCAAAUCGCCAGAUGAGAUCUAUCAGUUGGUUGUCCUGAAGAAAGAGAAACCUAUAUUCCCAUACAAUUUGCCUCCAGAGGUCAAGAAUGUCCUUUCUGGCUGCUUUGAGUAUGACUUUAGAGAUCGCCCCUUGAUGACAGAUAUAUUACAUGCAUUUGAAAGUGCUAAAGAUGUAGAUUACGACAACGCUGGCUGGAACAGUUCUGAACAUCUAAUGGCAGAAAGGCCAACUCAGCCAAGUUGCACUAAUUGGUCACUCUUCAAGGAUAAGCUGCAAGUUGGUGACAAGGUCCGCUCGAGAAAGCUUAAAAACUCGUGUACUCCUGAAACAAUGGAAAUCCCUGAUGGAACCAUAGUUGGCUUGGAGAAGGAUGGAGAAUGUGAUGGUUACAUUCUUGUACGAGUCCAUGGACGACAUGACCCUUUGAAGGUUCGCUCCUCGACAGUGGAGAGGGUAACCUACGGCUUUGCUGCUGGAGACUGGGUACGUCUUAGGGAGGAGGACAAGAAGCGGUCUCAGGUUGGAAUUCUUCAUAGCAUUGACCGUAAUGGCACCGUGCAUGUUGGUUUGAUAGGAAUGGACACCCUUUGGAAGGGGGAAUAUGCUGACCUCCAAAUGGCCGAAGCCUACUGUGUUGGGCAGUUUGUGAUGCUGAGAACUAACAUUUCAAGCCCCCGUUUCGAAUGGCAGCGAAAGAGAGGGGGAGGGUUUGCAACUGGUCGGAUUUCACAGAUACUCCCGAAUGGUUGUCUUGUUGUCAAGUUCCCAGGUAAAUUUAAUCUUGGUGAAGUAUGCAGUUGCUUGGCAGAUCCUUCCGAGGUGGAGGCAGUGAGCUUCGACAAGUGUGAGGGCAUUGUGAAGAAGUAUGAGCACCUUGAGGACUUCCAUUGGGCAGUGAGGCCUCUGUUUAUUGCAAUAGGUUUCUUUACUGCAAUGAAGCUAGGUAUCUUCGUGGGGAAAGGCAUUGCAAGGCCAAGGAGUCGAAAGGUCGCCAGUGUCUCCGAUCAAUCUGGUGAUCAUCAGAAAUUUCAGCAGCAAGAAGUGCAGAACAGUGCUAGCGCAGCAUGGCUCCCUCCACCGGUCGCAAACAUGCUCUUUGGAGAUGGUUCUGCUCCUUCUGUGUGAAACCGCAAAAGCACUGUGGGAUGGAGAUUUCCUGAAGCAUCUAGAUCAUUCAACCUGUCGAAAAAACCAUACUGUGUACAUAUUUAGGCCUGAAACUUUCUACCUAGCAAAACUCCUGUAAAUGUACAUCUCUACCCUGGAAUCAUCUCUGCAAACUCAGCAUGCCUGAGCCUUAUCAUGUACUCCCUCCGAUCCUAAAUUCUUGUCGUGGCUUUAGUUCAAAUUUUGAACUAAAGCCAUGACAAGAAUUUAGUUCUCUACCCUAGAAUCAUCUCCGGAUUUUUCUAGAAGCAUGCAACUAUAUGUUCUUUCUUCAUGUCCAGCCAAGGCAUGCAGAGCUUCGUCA